GUGGCGGCGGCGGCCGGAAGAAGGCGCAACUGUGAAGGCCAGCGUGCUGGCGGGAAGGUGACAGAAAGCGUGAGCAGCUCCCAGAGGCUCUCGUUUUCUCUGGUUUCCCCAACAUGCGCGGGCAUCCGGGGAGCGGCUGCCCGCUCCGAGCCUAGGGAUGAACGUCCCGGUUGCCCGCUUCGUGUUCCCGUGGCUGCGACGAUCGGGAGACCGUGCCUUGUCCCGGGCCGCCAUGGAAGUGGCUCUUCGAGGCGUGCGGAAAGUCCUCUGUGUGGCGGAGAAAAAUGACGCGGCCAAGGGGAUCGCCGACCUGCUGUCCAACGGUCGCAUGAGGCGGAGGGAAGGACUUUCUAAGUUCAACAAGAUCUACGAAUUUGAUUAUCAUCUAUUUGGCCAGAAUGUUACCAUGGUAAUGACUUCAGUCUCUGGACAUUUGCUGGCUCAUGAUUUCCAGAUGAAGUUUCGAAAGUGGCAGAGCUGCAACCCCCUUGUCCUCUUUGAAGCAGAAAUCGAAAAAUACUGCCCAGACAAUUUUGUAGAUAUCAAGAAAACUCUGGAACGAGAGACACAGCAAUGCCAGGCCCUGGUGAUCUGGACUGACUGUGACAGAGAAGGCGAAAACAUCGGGUUUGAAAUUAUCCACGUGUGCAAAGCUGUGAAGCCUGGUCUCCAGGUGUUGAGAGCCCGUUUCUCUGAGAUCACACCCCGUGCUGUCAGGAUGGCCUGUGAAAACCUAGCUGAACCUGAUCAGAAAGUGAGUGAUGCUGUGGAUGUGAGGCAGGAGCUGGACCUAAGGAUUGGAGCUGCAUUUACUAGGUUCCAGACCCUGCGUCUUCAAAAGAUUUUUCCCGAGGUGCUGGCAGAGCAGCUCAUCAGCUAUGGCAGCUGCCAGUUCCCAACACUGGGGUUUGUGGUAGAGAGGUUCAAAGCCAUUCAGGCUUUUGUACCAGAAAUCUUCCACAGAAUUAAAGUAACUCAUGACCACAAAGAUGGUACUGUAGAGUUCAACUGGAAAAGGCAUCGUCUCUUUAAUCACACAGCUUGUCUUGUCCUCUAUCAGUUGUGUAUGGAGGAUCCCAUGGCAACUGUGGUAGAGGUCAAGUCCAAGCCAAAGAGCAAGUGGAGGCCACAAGCUUUGGACACCGUGGAGCUGGAGAAACUAGCUUCUCGAAAAUUGAGAAUAAAUGCUAAAGAAACCAUGAGAAUUGCUGAGAGGCUCUACACCCAAGGGUACAUCAGCUAUCCCCGAACAGAAACAAACAUUUUCCCCAAAGACUUAAACCUGAUGGUGUUGGUAGAACAGCAGACUCCAGAUCCACACUGGGGGGCCUUUGCCCAGAGCAUUCUAGAGAGGGGUGGCCCCACCCCACGCAAUGGAAGCAAGUCUGACCAAGCUCACCCUCCCAUUCACCCCACUAAAUACACCAGUAACUUGCAGGGAGAUGAACGGCGACUGUAUGAGUUCAUCGUUCGCCAUUUUCUGGCUUGCUGCUCCCAGGAUGCUCAGGGGCAGGAAACCACCGUGGAAAUUGACAUUGCUCAGGAACGCUUUGUGGCUCAUGGCCUUGUGAUUCUGGCCCGAAACUAUCUGGAUGUGUAUCCAUAUGAUCAUUGGAGUGACAAGCUCCUCCCUGUCUAUGAGCAAGGCUCCUGCUUUCAGCCCAGCACCGUAGAGAUGGUGGAUGGUGAGACCAGCCCACCCCAGCUGCUCACUGAGGCUGACCUCAUCGCCCUCAUGGAGAAGCAUGGCAUCGGUACUGAUGCCACUCACGCAGAACAUAUUGAAACCAUCAAGGCACGGAUGUAUGUGGGGCUCACCUCAGACAAGCGGUUCCUCCCCGGGCACCUGGGCAUGGGACUUGUGGAAGGUUACGAUUCCAUGGGCUAUGAGAUGUCCAAACCUGACCUCCGGGCUGAGCUGGAAGCUGAUCUGAAACUGAUCUGUGAGGGCAAGAAAGACAAGCUUGUGGUUCUAAGACAGCAAGUGCAGAAAUAUAAGCAGGUUUUCAUUGAAGCAGUGGCUAAGGCGAAGAAAUUGGAUGAGGCCUUGUCCCAGUAUUUUGGGGAAGGGGCAGAGAUGGCCCAACAAGAAGAGAUCUACCCACCCAUGCCAGACCCCAUCCGGAAGUGCCCACAAUGCAACAAGGACAUGGUCCUCAAGACCAAGAAGAGUGGCGGGUUCUACCUCAGUUGCACAGGUUUCCCAGAAUGUCGAUCAGCUGUAUGGCUUCCUGACUCGGUGUUGGAGGCCAGCAAGGAUGGGAGUGUGUGUUCAGUUUGUCAGCCACCCCCUGUACACAGGUUGAAAUUGAAGUUUAAGCGUGGCAGCCUUCCCCCAACCAUGCCCCUGGAGUUUGUUGCUUGCAUCGGUGGAUGUGAUGAAACCCUGAAGGAGAUCUUGGGUCUGAGAUUUUCACAGGGCCCCCCGAGAGCUAUUCAGCCUUCUGGCCACCUGCAGGCUAGCCAAGCCCUGAACAGGAUGGACAGUGGGCAGCACAGCCACCCCCAGCCUCCUAGAAGCAGACAGACUGGACCCUCAAAGCCUGUGGCCCAGACUCUCCUACCACCCACUGCCAAUAGCGAAAGUAACUCUGUGACCUGCAACUGUGGCCAGGAGGCCGUGCUGCUCACUGUCCGCAAGGAGGGCCCCAACCAGGGCCGGCAGUUCUACAAGUGCAACAGUGGCAGCUGCAACUUUUUCCUGUGGGCUGAUGGCAACCAUCCUACAACAGGAAGACCCCCCACCUCUGCACCAAGGCCUCCCAGCAGCUCACUGGGACUCCCUCCAAGUUCAUGCAGCUAUCUGGGUGGUUUCGACAACCCUGGCAAUGGUGGUGGUGGUGGUGGUGGCACAUCCUGCCUGUGUAGCCAGCCUGCUGUCACACGGACUGUGCAGAAGGACGGGCCCAACAAAGGUCGCCAAUUCCACACAUGCUCUAAGCCACGAGAGCAACAGUGUGGCUUCUUUCAGUGGGUUGAUGAGAAUAUAGCCCCAGGGACUUUUGUGGCCCUACCCUGGCCAGGAGGCAGAGGAAAAACCCAAGGGCCAGAGGCCAGAAGCAAAAGACCCAGGGCCAGUUCCUCAGAGGCAGGGUCCACAGCAAAGAAGUCUCGGAAAUGCAGCCUUUGCCACCAGCCUGGACAUACUCGGCCCUUCUGUCCUCAGAACAGAUGAGGGCAGCCCAGGUGGAAAAUGCUACUUUCUCAGACCAGGAAAUGAACUCCAGGUCCUGGAAAUCAAAAAAAAGUGUUGGGUUUUGGAGUUGGAGUUAGGCCUUUCUUUGUGUAGGAGUACAAGGUCCAGAUCACUCUGGAGAAGGUUGGCUCUGCUAGAUGAUGUUCAUUGCUUGGGGCUAGGAAUGACCCUAGUCAUAGCACUGCUGAAAAGACUUAGUAUGUGAUGGCAAAGCUGGUAGCAGAGGUUGUAGCCAUGGUGACUUUGUGCCCCAGUGGCGACCUGUUGUGCUGCCAGCCUAAAUGCACCCAGAGCUUCCUCCUAUGGGAAGCCCCAAAGUGAGGAGCCAGCAUUCCUGGUGCAGGCUGCAUACCAUCCCGGGAAAGAGGAUAGAAUGCCUAGAAGUGGCUCUCCUGACAUCAUACCUGCAGAGGCUUCAUCUAGAAUCCAGGACAUUGCAUGGCUCAUGUGCCUUGAUAAAGAAUUCACCCUCUUUUACUCUGACUGUGGCAAUGCAGUGUCUGCUGAUGUUUUCAAGAGUGUUGUCACCUGUUCCACUUGAUGGACUGAACCUUCUGAAAUGGGUUUGAAAAUCCUUAUCCUGGUGUCCAUUGAUCCACACAUAAUGCUGCGUGACAAGGGGUCAUAAAUGCUAAAACAUCCUGGAGUUAACUACUGUGGCUGUAAGUCCUAGUACUCAUCCUUGUUAGGGUAUCAUCAGCCUGAAGAGAAGAGGAAGAAGUUUCAGCCCUCCCAUGGGAUGUGAGCAGCACCAAGUGCAGGAUACCACACGUCAGGCAGAAUCUCACUAAUAAACAACAGGCAGAUGCAAAUAUUAAAUAUAUGUGAGGGUUAAAAAAGCGACAGAGCAGACACCAGCCAAGUCAGAAAUGCUUCAACCCUCAGGCUCUCACCACCCAGCCCAUGCAGCCCUCCCAGCUCAGCUCUUCCUUCCUGGCACAUGGAAGCACUGAGCUCAACUUCUCUUUACCCAUUUACUAAUGUAAGAAACAGAGUACUUAACCUUCCAUCUUCCACACUUUCAAGAGAUGGGCACACUCCUUGUUUGCUUUCACAAAAACCCUGGGAAUAACACAGCCUAUUGACUCUAUUUUAUAGUUGAGAAGAAAAGGAAAAAUGAGGUGUGAGUUCCUGGUCAUGUUGCCAAUUAGCAAAGAAACUGGAGUUGUUCUCGGCUUGGGACUGCUGGGACCUACCCAGCCCAAAGGGUGUGAGCUGUGGCUGGGCAAAAGGUUUUUACGAAUGUGGAUUCCUGGAUUGUCCUUCAGCCAGUGCAGGUUGUAGCCUGUGAUUGAGGUAUUCCCCUGGCUACCCACUUAGUGUUUGUCUCUGGGUUUACCUAAUCUGGAUGUUUCACAUAAAUGGAAUCAUAUGUGACCUGUGUCUGGCUUCUUUCACUUAGCAUAAGGUUUGCAAGGUUUGUCCAGAUCAUAGCAUGGAUCAUUACUCCCUUUUUUUUUUCAGUACCGGGGUUUGAACUCAGGGCCUACACCUUG